GUCUAUCUGGGAACCCUGCAGAUCUGGAGAAACGUAGGCAGGUGUUCGGACAGAACUUAAUCCCCCCCAAAAAGCCCAAGACCUUCUUGGAGUUAGUGUGGGAAGCCCUUCAAGAUGUCACGCUCAUCAUCCUGGAGAUCGCAGCCAUCAUCUCCUUGGGUCUAUCCUUCUAUCACCCUCCUAGUGAGGACAAUGAAAUGUGUGGUCAAGUUGCAAGUAGCCCAGAAGAUGAAAAUGAGGCAGAAGCUGGCUGGAUUGAGGGGGCAGCCAUCCUUUUCUCAGUGAUCAUCGUGGUGUUAGUGACUGCCUUUAACGACUGGAGCAAAGAGAAACAAUUCCGGGGGCUGCAGAGCCGCAUUGAACAGGAACAGAAAUUCUCCAUUAUCCGAAAUGGCCACCUCAUCCAGCUCCCUGUGGCUGAGAUUGUGGUGGGUGAUAUCGCCCAAAUCAAAUACGGUGACCUGCUGCCUGCAGAUGGAAUUCUGAUCCAGGGGAAUGAUCUGAAGAUUGACGAGAGCUCUUUAACGGGAGAAUCAGACCACGUCAAGAAAUCGGUAGACAAAGACCCCAUGUUGCUCUCAGGAACCCAUGUCAUGGAAGGUUCUGGCCGGAUGGUAGUGACUGCCGUGGGCGUCAACUCCCAGACCGGAAUCAUCUUUACCCUCUUGGGAGCCAAUGAGGACAAUGAGGAGGAGAAGAAGAAGAAAGGUAAAAAACAAGGAGUCCCUGAAAAUCGCAACAAAGCAAAGACCCAGGAUGGAGUGGCCCUGGAAAUCCAGCCACUCAACAGUCAGGAGGGAGUCGACAAUGAGGAAAAGGACAAGAAGGCAGCAAAGGUGCCCAAAAAGGAGAAGUCGGUGCUGCAGGGCAAGCUGACCCGCCUGGCUGUACAGAUUGGGAAGGCUGGUCUGAUCAUGUCUGCUAUCACAGUUCUCAUCCUGAUUCUGUACUUUGUGAUUGAAAACUUUGUGAUACACCGCAGACCGUGGCUACCUGAGUGUACUGCCAUCUACGUCCAGUACUUUGUCAAGUUCUUCAUUAUUGGUGUCACUGUACUGGUGGUAGCUGUGCCAGAGGGGCUGCCACUGGCUGUCACCAUCUCGCUGGCCUACUCUGUGAAGAAAAUGAUGAAAGACAAUAACCUUGUACGACACUUGGAUGCUUGUGAGACAAUGGGCAAUGCCACAGCCAUUUGCUCUGAUAAGACAGGCACGCUGACCAUGAAUCGCAUGACUGUGGUACAAGCUUAUGUUGGGGACACCCAUUACCGUCAGAUCCCAAGCCCUGAUGUCUUCUUGCCCAAGGUCCUGGACCUUAUUGUCAAUGGGAUUUCUAUCAACAGUGCUUAUACCUCCAAGAUUCUGCCUCCAGAGAAGGAAGGAGGCCUGCCACGGCAGGUGGGCAACAAGACGGAGUGUGCCCUGCUGGGCUUUGUCACAGAUCUGAAGCAAGAUUAUCAGGCAGUACGCAACGAGGUGCCCGAGGAGAAGCUCUACAAGGUGUACACCUUCAACUCGGUGCGCAAGUCCAUGAGCACGGUCAUCAGGAGUCCCAGCGGUGGCUUCCGCAUGUACAGCAAGGGCGCCUCUGAGAUCAUCUUGCGCAAGUGUAAUAGAAUCCUGGACCGGAAAGGAGAAGCCAUUCCAUUCAAGAAUAAAGACCGAGAUGACAUGGUGCGCACUGUCAUCGAGCCCAUGGCCUGUGAGGGACUCCGGACCAUCUGCAUAGCUUACCGGGAUUUCGAUGACACAGAGCCCAUUUGGGACAAUGAGAAUGAAAUCCUCACUGAACUGACCUGUAUCGCAGUGGUGGGCAUUGAGGACCCUGUACGCCCAGAGGUACCAGAAGCUAUCGCCAAAUGCAAACGAGCUGGCAUUACUGUCAGAAUGGUGACAGGUGACAACAUCAACACAGCCCGGGCCAUCGCCACCAAAUGUGGCAUUCUGACACCUGGGGAUGACUUCUUGUGCUUAGAAGGCAAAGAAUUCAACCGACUUAUCCGAAACGAGAAGGGCGAGGUAGAGCAAGAAAAACUGGACAAGAUCUGGCCGAAGCUCCGGGUCCUGGCACGAUCUUCCCCCACUGACAAGCACACGCUGGUGAAAGGUAUCAUUGACAGCACUGUUGGGGAACAGCGGCAGGUGGUGGCUGUCACUGGUGAUGGCACAAAUGAUGGGCCUGCUCUGAAGAAAGCGGACGUUGGCUUUGCCAUGGGUAUUGCAGGCACAGAUGUAGCAAAGGAGGCGUCAGACAUCAUUCUGACAGAUGACAACUUCACCAGCAUUGUGAAGGCGGUGAUGUGGGGACGAAACGUCUAUGACAGCAUCUCCAAGUUCCUGCAGUUCCAGCUCACUGUCAAUGUGGUGGCUGUGAUCGUGGCCUUCACUGGAGCCUGUAUCACUCAGGAUUCCCCGUUGAAAGCUGUGCAGAUGUUGUGGGUGAAUCUAAUCAUGGACACUUUUGCUUCACUGGCCCUGGCCACCGAGCCCCCAACAGAAUGUCUGUUGAAGCGUCGCCCCUAUGGCCGAAAUAAGCCACUGAUCUCACGUACUAUGAUGAAGAACAUCUUGGGUCAUGCGGUCUAUCAGCUUACUGUCAUCUUUUUCCUUGUCUUUGCUGGUGAGAAACUCUUUGAUAUUGACAGUGGGAGGAAGGCACCUCUGCACUCGCCUCCUACCCAGCACUAUACCAUUGUUUUCAACACCUUCGUGCUGAUGCAGCUCUUCAACGAGAUCAACUCCCGAAAGAUCCAUGGAGAGAAGAACGUCUUUUCAGGCAUCUACCGCAACCUCAUCUUCUGCUCUGUAGUCUUGGGCACAUUCAUCAGCCAGAUUUUCAUCGUGGAGUUUGGAGGUAAACCCUUCAGUUGCACAAAACUCAGCCUGUCCCAAUGGCUGUGGUGUCUCUUUAUCGGGAUUGGAGAACUUCUGUGGGGCCAGGUCAUCUCUGCAAUACCCACCCAAUCCCUGAAGUUCUUAAAGGAAGCUGGACAUGGCACCACCAAAGAGGAGAUCACCAAGGAUGCUGAGGGACUGGACGAGAUUGACCAUGCAGAGAUGGAGCUGCGCCGAGGCCAGAUCCUCUGGUUCCGGGGCCUGAACCGUAUCCAGACUCAGAUCGACGUAAUUAACACAUUCCAGACGGGAGCCUCUAUUAAGGGAGUCCUAAGGCGACAGAACAUGGGUCAACACCUUGAUGUAAAACUUGUUCCUAGCUCAUCCUAUGUACCAGUCAAAUCUUCCCCCACCACCUCUGUUGCUGCUGUUUCAUCUCCUCCUAUGGGCAAUCAAAGUGGUCAAAGCAUUCCAUAGUUCUCUCCACGAAAGCAUUCAGAAACCCAAGAACCAAAACUCCAUCCACAACUUCAUGACCCACCCUGAAUUCGCCAUAGAUGAGGAGUUGCCACGAACACCACUCCUGGAUGAGCAAGAAGAGGAAAUUCCUGACAAGGCUUCUGGGACUGGGGUGCUUCUAUUGGAUGGUGACAUCACUCCACUUGCCAACAAAAAUAACAAUGCAGUGGAUUGCAACCAAGUGCAAACUGUUGCCUCCCACUCGGACAGCCCUCUACACAGCUUGGAAACAUCAGUUUGAAUGUUCACAUUCUGACUUCCAUCCCUACCUUGCCUCUUUCUUUUCUCAUCUGUCCCAUCUGUAAGGUGAUGAUGGGAUUUUUCAUUCUAUCAGCUGCUCCCAAGUGUGUGUGAACCCCGACCUGACCAUGAAGAGACAAGAGUACAGUCCCGCAAGAAUUUCAGCUUACACUUGAGUUGGGCUUUGUAGCAGGACCCAGUCAAACCCCAGGCAGAUAAUGGUAGAAUCUACUCCUUGGGUAGACAGUUGUCAUGCUUAAGGAAAAGAUGACAAUCCUCUUGGCAUCACCCCAACCUAAAUUCUUCCCCACAUUCGUACCUAUGUCUCCAUCUCCUUAUCCUAUGAGUCUUGUCAUUUAUAAGCUAAGUUGAGGGUUCAGAGAGAGAUGAAAACCCCCAAAUGAAAUACAUUCAGGUAGGGAUGGAAUGUAUAAAAUCAGCCAGUAGUGUGAUUGUUUCUAAACAGUUUUUCCCAUUUUGAAAACUUUUACCUAAAGGCCUCUAGCUCUUUCUACCCUUUCAGUCAAACCUCCCCAAAGUUCUUUUGUGACCUUUAUCUUUCUUUUCUUCCCUCUUUGUGUAUUUGUUUAUUUUAAAUUUACAAUGAUUAAGAUAAAGGAAAGGACAUGGGUGAA